CGCAGCUUGAAAUGAAAUUAUCAGUCUCUUCCGUCGCACCAUCUUGUCUCUGUCUUUCGCUUUCGUGAAUCGACACUUGUUGCCCUAAAGUCCCCUCUCCGCCUCCAAAUCAUGGGCAAAGCUGUCAUCUCCGACGACGAGGAUGAGGUCGAGCUCGACGAGGAGGAUAGGGAACCCGUUGACGGGGACGCAGUCGACCGGGAUGGCGGCGACGAAGAUGAGGACGAAGAAGAAGAAGGCCCGGAUGAAUAUGAGAAGGAUGGUUUUAUCGUAGACGAUCUCGAUGAAGAAGAUGACCAUGAGGAAGAGGAGAAGGCUGACAGUGAUGAGGAGAGGCACAAGAAGAAGAAACGAAAGAAAAAAGAGGAAUAUGUUCUUGACGAAGAUGACUAUGAGCUCCUGGAGGACAAUAAUGUGAUCGCGCCCCGCAGAAAGGGGCAAUUCAAGCGGCUGAAGAAAGCUCAGAGACAUGCUCAGGGGGAUGUUGGUGGAUUAUCUGAUGAGGAGGAGUUUCUUGGUACUGGUAAAGGUGGGAGAACUGCUGAGGAGAAGCUUAAGUACUCGUUAUUUGGUGAUGAGGAAGGUCCUCCACUCGAGGACAUUGCUGAAGAGGAGGAACCAGCAGAAGCGGAAGAUGAUGGAGAAGAUGAUGAAAUGGCAGACUUUAUAGUCGACGAAGAGUUUGAUGAGGCUGGUGUUCCUGUUAGACAGAAGAAGUUUAAGAAAAAGAAAUCUAGGGAUGCACCAGGAGUAUCUUCAUCUGCUCUGCAGGAAGCCCAUGAGAUAUUCGGUGAUGUUGAUGAUUUACUGCAUAAGUAUAGGCUUGGUUUGGAUUCUAGUGGAUGGAAGGAAAGCAAGCUUGAAGAUGAAUUUGAACCAACUGUUCUUUCGGAGAAGUAUAUGACAGAGAAGGAUGACCAGAUUCGAGAGAUUGAUGUCCCCGAAAGAAUUCAGGUAUAUGAGGAAAGCACUGGUUUUCCUCCACUUGAUGAAAAGAGCAUAGAUGAUGAGAGUACCUGGAUAUUUAAUCAACUUGCAAGUGGUACUGUUCCCUUCUUUGGCAACACAGGACUGGGGAACUCUAUAAGCAGGGACGACAUUAUCGGAUUCUUGAACUUGCACCAUGUGCAGAAAUUAGAUGUUCCGUUUAUUGCGAUGUAUCGAAAGGAGGAGUGCCUUAGUAUACUGAAAGAUCCUGAACAAGACAUGGAUGAUCAAAAUGAGAAAGCAUCUACGCUAAAGUGGCACAAAGUACUUUGGUCUAUUCAGGACUUGCACAGAAAAUGGCUGCUGCUUCAGAAGCGGAAAAGUGCUCUGCAAUCUUACUAUGAAAAGCGGCGUGAAGAGUCACACUCAUAUGAUGAGACCAGACACAUUAUAAAUCAGCAACUUUUCGAAUCAAUUAUGAAGUCACUAAAGGCUGCAGAUUCAGAGAGAGAAGUUGAUGAUGUGGAUACGAAGUUUAACUUGCAUUUCCCUGCUGGUGAGAUAGGUGUGGAUGAGGGCCAAUAUAAGAGGCCUAAGAGGAAGUCACUUUAUAGUAUCUGCAGUAAGGCUGGCUUGUGGGAGGUUGCUAACAAGUUUGGUUACAGCUCCGAACAGUUUGGUUUGCAACUAUCACUGGAGGAAAUGAGAAUGGACGAGUUGGAGGAUGCUAAAGAGACUCCGGAGGAGUUGGCUUCAAACUUCACGUGUGGAAUGUUUGAAACGCCCCAAGAAGUGCUCAAAGGAGCCAGACAUAUGGCUGCUGUCGAGAUAAGCUGUGAGCCAUGUGUCCGAAAGUAUGUUCGGAGCAACUACUUGGAUAUAUUUGAGUUGUCAACAAGCCCGACACCGGAUGGAAAUUCUGCUAUUGAUGCUUUUCAUCAGUUUGCGGGGGUGAAGUGGCUGCAAAGAAAGCCUUUAAAUAAAUUUAAGGAUGCACAAUGGCUGCUUAUCCAGAAGGCUGAAGAGGAGAAACUUCUUCAAGUGACUAUUAAGCUACCAGAAGACAGACUAAACAAGUUGAUGAGUGACUUUAAUGAGUACUAUCUUAGUGAUGGUGUUAGUAAAUCUGCACAACUGUGGAAUGAGCAGCGAAAGUUGAUAUUGCAGGAUGCUCUUUUCAGCUUUCUUCUACCUUCAAUGGAGAAAGAAGCAAGAGCCUUGUUGACCAGUAGGGCAAAAAACUGGUUACUGAUGGAAUAUGGAAAAGUUUUGUGGAAUAAAGUCUCUGUGGGACCUUACCAACGGAAAGACAAUGACGUUAGUUCAGACGAUGAAGCUGCACCCAGGGUCAUGGCUUGCUGUUGGGGCCCUGGGAAGCCAGCAACAACUUUUGUUAUGUUAGAUGCAUCAGGGGAGGUGUUAGAUGUUCUUUACACAGGGUCUCUUACUUUACGCUCUCAGAAUGUUGGCGAUCAACAACGGAAGAAAAAUGAUCAAGAACGUGUUCUUAAAUUCAUGACCGAGCACCAACCACACGUGGCUGUUCUAGGAGCUGCUAAUUUGUCUUGUUUUCGCCUGAAAGAGGAUAUUUACGAGAUAAUUUUUAAGAUGGUGGAGGAGAAUCCUAGAGAUGUUGGUCAUGAUAUGGAUGGUCUAACCAUUGUCUAUGGGGAUGAAUCUUUGGCUCGCCUGUAUGAAAACUCUCGCAUUUCAUCUGAUCAGCUACCUGCACAAUCAGGCAUUGUGAAGCGUGCUGUGGCUUUAGGGCGUUAUCUUCAAAAUCCGUUGGCAAUGGUUGCAACUCUUUGUGGACCAGGAAGAGAAAUCUUGUCUUGGAAACUCAAUCCUUUGGAGAACUUUCUUACCCAGGAUGAGAAGUAUACAAUGAUUGAACAGGUCAUGGUAGAUGUUACCAACCAGGCAGGUCUCGACAUAAAUUUGGCUAUAAGCCAUGAAUGGUUAUUCGCACCUCUGCAAUUCAUUUCUGGGCUUGGACCUAGAAAAGCAGCAUUUUUGCAGCGAUCAUUGGUAAGAUCUGGUGCAAUAUUUACUCGGAAGGACUUCUUGACAACACAUGGGUUAAGUAAAAAGGUAUUUGUUAAUGCGGUUGGAUUCUUGCGUGUCCGGCGCAGUGGUUUGGCUGCUAGCAGCAGUCAGUUUAUUGAUCUGUUGGAUGAUACAAGAAUUCAUCCGGAAUCAUAUAUUCUUGCGCAAGAAUUGGCCAAAGAUGUAUUUGAAGCUGAUGGUGCCAAUGAUGAUGAGGAUGCUAUGGAGAUGGCUAUAGAACAUGUCAGGGAUCGACCUACUUAUCUAAAGAAUCUUGAUGUUGAAGCAUAUGCUAAAAGCAAACAACGUGAGAAUAAGAUACAAACAUUUGGUGACAUAAGAAGAGAAUUGAUACAUGGUUUUCAGGAUUGGCGUAAGAAAUAUGAAGAACUGAGUCAAGAUGAAGAAUUCUACAUGAUUUCAGGUGAAACUGAAGAUACCCUUGCUGAAGGGAGAAUUGUGCAGGCCACAGUUCGUAGGGUGCAAGCUCAAAGGGCAUUUUGUGCUCUUGAAUCUGGAUUGACUGGUAUACUUACAAAAGAUGAUUAUUCAGAUGAUUCAAGGGACAUUUCUGACUUAUCUGAGAGACUGAAUGAGGGUGACAUUCUCGCUUGCAAGGUCAAAUCUAUUGUAAAGGAAAGGUAUCAGGUGUUCCUAGUUUGUAGAGAGAGUGAAAUGAGAAAUAAUCGAAAUCAAAAUAUGAAGAAUCUCGAUACCUAUUACCAUGAGGACAGGAGAAGUCUACAGACAGAGCAAGAAAAAGCUCGUAAGGAGAAGGAGCUUGCGAAAAAACAUUUCAAGCCCAGGAUGAUUGUUCAUCCUCGCUUCCAGAAUAUUACUGCUGAUGAAGCAAUGAAGUUCUUAUCCGAUAAAGAUCCCGGGGAAAGUAUUAUUCGUCCUAGUUCUCGUGGGCCUUCAUAUUUGACCUUAACUCUUAAAGUUUAUGAUGGAGUUUAUGCUCACAAAGACGUGGUUGAAGGUGGAAAGGAACACAAGGAUAUCACCAGCUUACUUCGUAUUGGAAAGACCCUGAAAAUUGGAGAUGACACUUUUGAAGAUCUGGAUGAGGUAAUGGACCGUUAUGUUGAUCCCCUGGUGUCUCACUUAAAGGCAAUGCUAACUUAUCGCAAAUUCCGACGGGGGACAAAAGCAGAGGUUGAUGAACUUUUGAAGCUUGAAAAAUUGGAGUUUCCAAUGAGGAUUGUUUAUUGUUUCGGCAUAUCACAUGAGCAUCCAGGGACUUUCAUACUGACCUAUAUACGGAGUACAAAUCCACACCAUGAGUAUGUUGGGCUGUAUCCUAAGGGGUUCAAGUUCAGAAAAAAGAUGUUUGAUAGCAUUGAUCGGCUUGUAGCAUAUUUCCAAAAGUACAUUGAUGAGCCUCAACAUGAGUCUGGACCAUCUAUAAGAUCAGUUGCUGCUAUGGUGCCCAUGCGAAGUCCUGCAACUGGGGGCUCCUCUGGUGCAUCGGCAGGCAGUGGAUGGGGUGGUUCAAACAAUGAGGGUGGUUGGAGAGGCCAGUCAUUUGACAGGGAUAGGUCUUCUACACCUAGUUCGCGACCAGGCAGAAGUGAUUACAGAAACGGUGGCGGUCGAGAUGGACAUCCAAGCGGCGCACCUAGACCAUAUGGGGGGCGUGGUCGUGGACGAGGAACAUAUAAUGAUAACAGAGGCAAUAAUGAGAGACAUGAUUCAGGUUUUGAUGGUUCUACAUGGGGUUCAGAUACCAAGGAUGGCAAUGAUGGCUUGGGCAACUUUCCAGGAGCAAAGGUUUUAAACUCACCUGGCAGGGAAGCUUUUCCUGGUGGCUGGGGUACGGGUGGAAGUGGUACUGGAGGCAGCAGCUGGGCUGCUGCUGGUGGAAGUGGUGGAAGUGGUGGCAGUUCAGGAGGAUGGGGUGGGGCUGCAAAUGAUGCUGCCACUGAUAAUGAGCCUUCAAGAUGGGAUUCCGACUUGAAGAAAAAAGGUGAUGGUACUUCAGGAUGGGGCUCGCAAAGUGGUGGUGGUGGCUGGUAACUGUUUUCUGCUCUAAUCUAGGCCUGUUUUCCACAACGACCCUGUGAGUCUGACAUAGUUUGGAAGCUGUUGCUAGUAUAGGCGGUGAGCCCCAUUGAUGCUUUUUCAAUGCUUUUGACCAUAACUUCCCUUAAUUUAUGGGUUGUUAGAUCUGUAUUGUGUCUAGAACCGUUUUGAGUUGCACCACUUUACUCUGCUUUAUCUUUUACCUGUCAACGGCCUCUUUGUUCUACCUGA